CACGGUGUGCAAGCGCUGAAGCCACAGAGACGCAGGUGUCAAAACUACCGAGAGUGCCACGGCCAACCCGGGCGGAAAUGGCUACGGCCACACGUGAAGCGCAUGCGUGGGAUCUGGAAUUCUCGCGAGGCGCUGGGCGGGAAAGCCCGCGGUGAUUUCCUGUGUGGAAUCACUGAGAGUAGCCAGGCCCGUCGCUGCCAUGGAUCCCUUCCUGGUGCUUCUGCACUCCCUCUCCGGCAGCCUGUCGAGCAGCGAUCUGAUGGAGCUCAAGUUCCUGUGCCGUGAGCGCGUGGGCAAACGCAAGCUGGAGCGCAUGCAGAGCGGCCUGGACCUGUUCUCGGUGCUGCUGGAGCAGAACGAUCUGAACCGCGAUCAUACCGGGCUGCUGCGCGAGUUGCUGGCCUCGCUGCGCAGGCACGACCUACUGCAACGCCUGGACAACUACGAAGCGGGGCUGGCGGUCUCGACCUCGCCGGGGGAGGCAGAUCUGCAGGUGGCAUUUGACAUCGUGUGUGACAAUGUGGGGAGAGACUGGAAGAGACUGGCCCGCGUGCUAAAAUUGUCUGAGGUCAAAAUUGACGGGAUUGAGGAGAGGUACCCCCGAAGCCUGAGUGAGCAGGUAAGGGAGACUCUGAGGGUCUGGAAGAUUGUCGAGAGAGAGAAAGCCACAGUGUCUGAACUGGUGAACGCACUGCGGAUGUGUCAGCUGAACCUGGUGGCUGACCUGGUGGAAGAAGCACUGCAGACCCGGGGAUCAGUGACUGAGAGUGAGAAUGUGUCCCGAGUGCUGUGGGACUCAACUGUGUCUUCCUCACAAGUACCGUGACAAGCCUGCCACUCCUUACAGGAGCCACGGUGGACUACACACACACCAUGAUGCAUUACCAAGUGCCUUCUGUUUCCAGUGCCACAAAGACCUCGUUGAUCCAGACCAGACCCUCUCACGAGCCCACUCACUGAACAGCUGAAGUAAAGCUGUUAUGUAUAGAACCUCUUUCUUCUCAGCUUUGGGGACUCAUGGAACUUCCUUUGGUGUUCUCCACUGCUGCUCCUUCCCCUGAGAGAAGUCCCUCAUCCUGCAAAGAGGAAGUUAGAGCUAAGGCCACAUGUGCUGAAAGUUUGAGAGCCUUCCUGUCCUUUGGGACACCAGCUCAGUUCAGAGCACUUGACUGCCCCACUGUUGGCCGUUAGGAUAUCUGUCCCAUUUCCUUAGAGGCCAUCAGAGCAGCUCCUGACCUGCAAACAAGUGUACUUGCGGGAGCCUCGCACACCGUACCCUGUGCAUCAGCUCCUGCGAGAACUGAUUCUAAAGUUCACAGCCUACAGAAAUUGCUGCCUCUGGGAAGGACUGUGAUUUAAAGGGUAGCUACCCUGCUUCUAACAUGGUCUUUAAACAAGUGCCCUGAGCCUAGAUGUCAUGGCUCACUCUGAAAUUCUAGCACUUUAGAAAAUUGCAUUCCAUGGCAACAUGAAUGAGGGCUACACAUGAGGCCUUCUCACAAAAACAAGUGUCUUUACCUGGAAACACCUGUGUCCCCCAGAAUUUCCACUGUGUUAAGGACCCUUCUGAUCUUGGAAGUCCAGCAGGCUGUCUGCUGUCUUUACAGCCCUAGGUGCUAGUUGUGAAUGGGGUGAUGACAAUUCCUGUCUGCUUUGCUUUACACCAGCAGGGGGCCCUGUCUGCCACACUAGGUCACCAAGCUUUCCAACCUCUGGCUGGGUACACCUUUGAUCAUAGCACUCAAGGAGGUAGUGGCAGGUGGAUCUCUUGAUCUGUGAGUUCGAGGACAGCUAGCCUACAUAGCAAACUCAGACCAGCUACAUGGAAAGACACUAUCUGAAAAGUUCGUGUCUCGAGUUUUCUUAGACCCGAGGUUCACCUGACAGUGAAGAGCUGCACCCCACUAUCCUGAGCCUAGUGUUUGCUUCAUAAGUGAACAGCCUGGGGCCUGUGCUCAAACAUUGAUCAAACAUUUCCUGAGGUUCUGUACCCUCAUUUCCCCCUCUCUGCUCUACCCACCCCACCAGGCAGCUGACCCCUCAGCACACAUGGGCUCUCCUCAGCCCCCUUCUCAUUUAUUGUUGAUCCCUUCACUGCUGCGUUCCUGGGCUGCAGGCUCCCCAGCCUCGAGCCUACUGUGCUUUUCAGCCCAGCGCCUGUCCAUCUGGCUGUUCUGCCUCGCUCAAACUAUUGGCCAUUGAGGCCUCUCCUGUCUUCUCUGGGAACUCAUCCUGUUUUCUCUGACCCCGUGUCCCACCUGGCUACAGCCACAACCCUCUUAUCUUGGCUCCCUAGAAUAUGCAUAGGCCUGUGCAAGGUCUCUGGUGGGUAUUUGCUGUGGUCCUCUCUAGCCCCUUCCCCCUACCACCAUUUUGAGGGAUUUUGCUUUGAGACAGGGUGCCAUGUAACCCAGAUAUAACUUAGACCUGAAACUCACGGUGUAAUUGAAGUGACUUAGAACUCCUUCCUGAUCCUCCUGCCUCUGCUUCUCAAGUGCCCUGAUCACCAGUGUAUCUCACCAGUGUAGCCUCACUCAGGCCCAAGUCUUUAGGGCCCACACUCGGCAGCCUGGCCAGCCCUACUGAGACGCUUACUGAUGCCGCCGUUUAAGUGCUCUGUGGCAAGCCAUAGGUUGGUGGACGUGCAUGUCGCUUCUUUUUUUAACGGCUCAGGAGUCCGAAAUGGUGCCCCAGAGCUCAGUAAGGAUGUGAGCAGGCCUCUGUCCUUCUAGAUUUAAGAGAAUAUUCCAUGGCUUUUGGAGCCCCUUCAUUGUGCCAUUUGCUGCAUUCCACUUCCCUCUUCAAGUGACAGCUUAGAUCAUAUCUCAAUUGCCACUGCUACAGGGCUUGUGGGCCGCCAGAGGAAUUUAUCCCUUUGUAGAGUUUUUCCAGCCAUGUUGGGGGAUUAAGAGAGGGUCAGCACCCCACAAAUCUCUGCGUCUCCCCAGCUUGUGUCCAGUUUUGCCCUGGACACCUCAGCACGAUCCCAUCCACCCCCGUUAAUGACCAGAGAACUCCGCACUCACUGGUGACUGUCCACCUUUCCUGCCCUUCACUCCUCAGCUCCCAGCAGGACCUUGGCUUCUGCCCAUCCCCCGCCAAGGGUUGGAACGACAGACCCGCCUGUUCCUAGAAGCCAGCCACCCUACAUAUUUUUAGCUUCCUAUUUUUGAAUUCCACAAUCAUUUCUGAGUCAUCCAGCUGCCUGCCUUCUGGUCACAAGGUCCCUGUGUGGACUCUGUUUCAGACCAGCCAGUGGGACAUGAUGUGCUGGACCAUGUGAUGGGCCCUGGCCUUCCAGUAGCUGAUGGAGGCAGCUCUGGUUUGCUAGGAGCUGUGGGCUAAGUGGAGGCUGGCCUGAGGGAUAUUUGCCAGCCAUGGGACUCACUGUCACCAAGGCUUUCCUGAGCCAAAGCCAAGUGACAGAGCCUGAGGGUUGUUUUUGUUAUUGUUGUUUUCUUGUUUGGUUGGUUUUUGUUUUUUUGUUUUUGGUGUGGCUAGAACAGGACAGCAUGGUGGGCAUGUGUGUGGAGGUUCCCAAAGCCUGAAUGGACUGUGGAGAUGAUAUAUAGUCCCUGUCCAUCAAAAUAAGACAGGCAUGCUGCUCAUACGUAGUGUCUUAACAUUGGAAGCUGAGGCAGGAGAAUCACCGCAUUUUAAGAUCAUCCUGGGCUAAACAGACCUCAUAUCAAGCAAAAAGUCAGGUGUGUUGUGGUAUAUACACCUGUAAUCCCAGCACUUGGGAAGCUAGUGAGGGAGGAUCAGGUACAGGCAGGGUCUCUCACUGAAUCUAAGUCCAGCCUAAGCUGCAUGAGACCCUACCUCAAAAAAAAAAAAAAAAAAAAAGCCAACCCUGCCACCAAAAAGAAAAACCCACACUGCAUAUUUGGAUAGGCUCUGGGCUCAGUAGUGACUGCAGCAGGUCAACUCCAACACCUCAGGUCCCUGAACUGUGUGAUAAUUAACGGUUAGAUGGGUCUGUUGUGUGUUUUCCCAGCUGGUCUGUGUGCAUCUAAUUACAUUGCUAAUUUGAAUUCUGUAUGUUUGCCAGGCUUCUCAUUUACUGGUGGUCACAAGGUCUGGGAGAUCUCAGUCUAGUUUUUUUAUAUGGCAGAGUUCCACUGUUAGUGAAAGCCUGGGACAGUGGCACUUUUUCCCAUGGGUCUCCUGGCUAGAGGCAGUAGAACACAGCUAGUGCCCUCCAGUGAGGUCAACAGUCAUCACUCAUACACUACAUUCCUCUCCCUUGCCUGCCCACAGUUAAAACCCAGCUCAUAAACCGCAUGGCAGCUGAAACUGCUACCAAUUUGACUAAAGACCCCAGGCUAGUCUUGUUUCUACCAUCCUUGUGUCCUUGGGAGACCAAUUCAGGCCAAUCCUAGCAGCUUCUAAAUAAAGUCUUUGCUUCCUCUGAGUUUGCACAGACACUGAAAGUCCCAUGUGUCCCCUGGCUUUCCUACCAGGCAGGAAAAUACAUGCAAAGAUGCUGAGAUUUCUUUUCACUGGAAGAUUAACUAGGGCAGGGAUAGUCAUUCUUUGGGGCCAAGUGUGUCCACUGGUGCUAUGUCCAUUCAUGGUUCCCUACAGCCCUGACCCAGGAUCCAGAGGAGAUCCUCCCCUCUUGCCAUAUUACCUCAGGCCCCUGGGGAUAGAAUUCCCCAAGCUAAUCAAUGGCUGCUUGCACAAACUUUUGCUGUAACAGACUCCCAGACCUUACCACAACUGAGGCCAUGUUGGGAGUACCAGUUGAGCCAUGAAACUCAGCCCAUAGACUGCACCACCUGCCAAAAUGAAAACAAAGACCUAAUCCAUUAAAGCCCAUAGUUCUAGGAAAGUCUCUAAAUGUAUCAACCUUGCUUUAUGGCUUCUGUAGUUCUGUUUCUGCCUAACUGUUCUUGUUAACUGAAGCAUGUCAACCUGGGAUGGAGUUUAUGCUCCUGCCCCUAGAAGGCCUUUCUCCAGGCACGACUAUAUUAGACAGCUUGCCAGACCCAAACCUGGAUACCUUCACUGACUGGCCUUCAAUCCUUGGAACUUAGUGGGAAGUCAAUAACUGGAAACUUGCCGGGCGAUGGUGGCGCACGCCUUUAAUCCCAGCACUAGGGAGGCAGAGGCAGGCGGAUCUCUGUGAGUUCGAGACCAGCCUGGUCUACAAGAGCUAGUUCCAGGACAGGCUCCAAAGCCACAGAGAAACCCUGUCUCGAAAAACCAAAAAAAUAAAUAAAUAACUGGAAACUUG